AGAGCAGCUCAGACUUUCUCCGCUCAGGUGCGCCUUGCAGACAGAGAUGCGCGUUAUGGAGCGCACUUUCCGAGAGCAGCUCUUCUUUCUGGUGUUGUGUCUGUCUGUCCUCAAGGGAGACUCCAGAUACAUUGAGAACAACGAGAUGUCAAAAGAUGAAUUAUAUUCAUUUUUCAACUCGGAACUCAAGAGAGAAAUACCUGAGGAAUUAAUGUAUCGCCGACCUUUACGUUGCCUGGACAUGGUUGCAGUGGAGGGUCAGUUCACCUUCACAGCAGAGCGUCCUCAGCUCAGCUGUGCUGCUUUCUUCAUGGCAGAGCCCACUGAAGUGAUCAGUGUGGAUUAUGACAACGUUGACAUCGACUGCAGGGGAGGGGACUUCAUCACGGUGUUUGACGGCUGGGUGAUGAAAGGAGAAAAGUUCCCCAGCUCCCAGGAUCACCCGGUACCUCUGUACGAGCGUUAUGUGGAUUACUGUGACUCGGGAUCACUGAGGAGAAGCGUGCGCUCCUCUCAGAACGUGGCCAUGGUCUUCUUCCGCAUUCACAACGCUGGCAGCAGCUUCACCCUGACAGUCAGGAAACACAUCAAUCCUUUCCCCUGUAAUGUCAUCUCUCAGUCACCAGAGGGCAGUUACACAAUGGUGAUCCCGCAGCAGCACAGGAACUGCAGCUUCUCCAUCAUAUAUCCAGUGGAGAUCGACGUCUCUGAGUUCAGCCUGGGACACUUCAACAACUUCCCCAAGAGGUCCAUUCCUGGUUGUGCAGAAUCAGGAGAUUUUGUGCAGCUUCUGGGAGGAAAUGGCAUCGACACAUCGAAGCUGCUGCCCAUCACAGACCUCUGCAUCUCCUUCACAGGACCCACCCACAUGAAGAUCGGCUGCGAUAACACAGUGGUGAGGAUGGUGUCCAGCGGAAAGUUUGUUAACCGAGUGUCUUUCAGCUACAGGCUACUGGACAGCCAGGAGCUGCAGACAAUCAAACUCAACAAUGUGGAAGAUUUCUGUUUCAAUUACUGAUCCUGACAGGAUCAUAAAGUGACAAAUGUAUCAUUUGACUGCAAACAUUUUUAAAAUUAUUUUAUUAAAAACAAGAGAUCCAUCUGGUCGGUCCCUCUGAUUAGACAAAAUGUCUUAAAUCCAAAGACAUAAACAUAAAAGUGUAUGAAAAAUAAGAUAUACAUUCACAGUGAUAUUAUGUUAUUACAGACUCCAAAUUCACUGGACUUUCAAUUGGUUAGUUUUUUUUAUUUGUCUCCCCAUUUUUUCCCAUUCAUUCUGGUUGUUGCUAAAUAAAGCUUAAUGAAGUGUCCUUUUGUGUUUGGUGGAACCGCUAUUGUUUUUAUUUUUGCUUUGUGUAUUUCUGUGUACUUAUCAAGACAAGACUUAUGAUAUUGUUAUUAUGUUAUAUAUGGGUUCAUGGUCAACAUUCUUGAAAAGGAAUGAUGCUAAAAUGAAUGUUACCUUCUGUUUAUUUUGCUGAAUGAUACAGAAUGAGUCAUUUCCUGUCACAGAUGACACAGAGGGCAAUAGGUAAAGUGUUCAAUAUAAUAAAUACAAGUGUUCAUUGCCAUUAUGCAGUUAAAUUUGUAUAAAACUUUUUUGUAAUAAAAUUAUACCGCAUGACAAAGCA